UGGUAAACAGUAAGGAAUAAUUAGCUAGCUUUUCUUCUAUUGUGUGUAAAUGAGGCAUGGUGUUAAACAUUUUGUUGUUUGUGGUUCCUGACGACAGCGCAUCACCCAGCGGGUUAAGCCCAGAGGGAUCAUGUGGGUUCUGGAGAAGAUUCGGGACUCAGUUGAAACAAAUGUGCUCCGGCAAGGAGAGGCAGGUGAUAAACAGGGCAAGGCGCCUGUGUAUAGCAAUGUCCUCACACCUGAUAAGAUCCCAGAUUUCUUUAUCCCCCCAAAGCUGGUAAGCUGCCCACCAGAGCCUGAGGCAACUGACGUCAAGUCCAAAGAAAGUUUGCGACCCUCAACAUCGGAGCAAACCAUCAGCAACAAAAAGAUCAGCAGCCCUCGUAGCCCACGAUUGGUCAGCAAGUUGGCUGGAGACACCAAAAACUUGCUGAGGGCUGCUAACCGCCACAUCAUUCAAAUCGAGAGUGCAGAUGAUGUCGUUGCUGGUGAUACCAAUGCGGACCCUCAAUCUCAGACCGCAAUGUCACUGCCAUACAUUCCAAAGACUCAGACAUCAUACGGCUUUGCCACGUUGAUGGAGAGUCCCCACACCCGGCGGAAAGAAUCCCUGUUCCACUGUGACCACACCAGCCCAGUAACCUCACCCAACACCCAACGCAAGUCCCAAAGCAAGUCCAGCAACGAGGGGAACCACCUCAAUCCUCCAGACUUCAACACCUCUCACAUAAACCCCUACCGUUACUUCAGUGGUGGUGAGAGCGACACUUGCUCUUCAGCAGAAUCCUCCCCAUUCAGUUCGCCCUUGCUCUCCCGUUCCGCCUCCCUUCUGAAGAUCUUCACCCAUGACACACAAGCCAAGGUUGCAAAAGGCAAGAGGACAUUCGCCAGACAUAGUUCCCUGUCUACGGAUGAAUGCAGCUCAGCGGAACCAAGCCCUAAUGUUCCUAGACGAAGCCACUGUUCCUCCUUGCAAGGUGGUGGAGUUCUGGAACAUCUACAUGGUGCCGACCGUCAACACAAGGAACACACCAUCAACAUGCACAAAGGAGGCACCGUCCGGCUUUGCUCAGACUACGACGCAGGUACGGCACGCUUGCGAAUCCGUAUAAUGGCAGCUGAGGACUUGUAUGACCCUAUGUUUGAUAUUAAGAGCAUCAACUGCUGCGUGUCGCUCUACCUCAAUCCAGGCAAGUUGCAAAAACAAAGGAGCACGAUUAUAAAGAAUAGCCGCAAUCCCAUCUUCAAUGAGGACUUCUUUUUUGAUUCGGUAACUUCGGCUCAGGUAAAAACUUUAGCUCUGAAGAUCAAGGUUGUGAAUAAAGGAACUAGCCUGAAAAGAGACUCUCUGUUAGGAGAGCGAGAGGUUGCUUUGUGCAAGCUGUUGUCGGGAUUUUAGGCCUUCAACACAGCCUACAACUGGACUUCAAAGGUGGAAUAAUGUCUUCUGUAAUAGAUAUUCGCUUCUUUGUCUUUCAUGUAGCAUGACACAGUGGUUGAUUUAGUAUUCAGAAAUGACAACAACAGCCAUCUGCUUAAGAUCAAGCCGCAGUCCUUUGAAGCUACACAAUGGCCCUCUCUGCUAAUGUUAGCUUUGAUCCUGGAUGCAUCUGCCGGCUAAUUUGGAGGACUGAUCAAUGUUGUGUCAGACAUUGGCGUAAACUUCUAAAUGCGAUGACAUUCUUGCAACAAUGUGCAGAAUGUCAUUUGGUGAAACCCAGAAGCCUUACUAAUGAGAAGACGGAUUUUGCAUGAAUAGAUUUGCUCACAGUGCUCCAUUGUUUAAUUGAGAAAAUAAUUUCUAAGAAUUCUUUAUUUUUUGAAAAUCAUCAUUUGAAUUGAGUUCUGGUUUGGACUCUUGGUCAAGAGCCUUUUAUGAAAAAGGAUCCAUAUUAAAAACUUUUUUUUGAAAGUCUUUCCAUGCACAUUACAUACCCAGAGGAAGGUACCAAAUGAAAUGUCUACUUGCAUGUGCAUUGUAAUAUGAAGAUUAAACUGUUAUGCCAAUCCACACCAAAUUCUACCAGUAGCUAAAGAUGAUCUUGCUUACAGUUUAUGUCGACCGCAAGUCAUCAUUUAAAAUGUACUUUUAAACCUGCUUUCAGUCUGCAAAGUUUUAGGUAAAAUUCAUAUGAUAAAGAAAUUCGAGUGUACAUGCUGCUUUUGUCAUUAUGCAAAUUAUUGAUCUGAAGUGAUAUUAUAGCUCUGUACCAAAACCUAGUGAGCUGUCUAAUGCCUACAUAGGCAGCUGCCUGCUAAAGGCUAAGGUACACAUAUUUUUUCUGUGUGCUGUUAUGUCUUGUGCACGGUCAAGCACUCAGGCUGUCAAAGUAUACUAUUUUGACUGUAAGCCCAUACGGAGCCAUUCAACACAUACACACUUUGACUGGUUUGUGAAGCCUUCGAAGUGCUCAGAUGCGGGCUGUCUGCACGUCAAGAAAAAACUAGACUGCACGUGGACAGUCUGCGUAUACUGUGUCGAUGACAUUUGUGCAUUAUGCGCACUGUGCGCGAGACAUACUGUACCAGCACACGGAUAACCGAAGUAUACUUUGACCUUAAUGCAGCAUUGUAACAAAAAUGGAAUCUCAUAAGUGACUGAUUUGGAACGCUCUGCAUAGGCAGCAACUCCACAUGUUAUACAAAAAUGUGCUCCGUACAGGAGAUUCAACUCAUGAUUGAUUCCAAUAAAGUUUGUUGUUAGCAUGUUGCUAGGCUAAUGGUGUGAUGCUCUAAUAAGCAUAAAAAUAUAUAGCACACAAAAUAUUGGGUAACAAUGCAUGUUUAAUUAGAUUGGAGUAAUUUUUAUUGAGACUUUUUGCUAUGGAAAUAAAUGAAGUAUAUUUGCAAUCAACAUUUAUUUUUCUUCGCCAUCUUGGAUUUAUUGUUUCACUGCAUAAAUGUCCACAUCAAUCCAUCUGCGCUGUUUCUUAAUUGUUUUUUUAUGUAAACAUGAGCUAGACGGAGGUCUUUGACCGUUGUGCCACGUCUUGCUGUUUCUUCAGCAUCUCGUGCAGGAGCACCACUUUUUUAGAUGCCGUGUCAGUUAACUUAAACUUGUCACGAAACAACUGUUCCAUUCGUUGCGAUUUUGUUUAGCUUUUUUAGAUGAAAGGACGCAUUCAGUGUGAACAGCCCCUUAAGAGGCAGAAUAAUUUUGGUGUCUACCUUUUGGAUCAGCCUUCAUGUCAACAGCGCAUCUAUGAUGCCUUAAAAUGCUGCCUACGGAGGCAGCUCACUAGAUUUUGGAACAGAGCAUAUGUGCUAAAUCUACAGACAGAAAAUUGGUUGAAAUAUGAUGCAAAUAUGAUGUUGGAUGGACGGAUGGAUGUUGCAUUUCUGGCCAGAGGUGUUGUUAUUUUGCCAGUAAAAUAAAAUACAACAGCAAUUAAUUUAUAAUCAGCAAUAUUUUGCCUCAAUUCCCUUUCUGAUUCAUACUAAGCAAAAUUAGUAAAACUUAGUGUUUACUUUUUUCUAGGUUCCACUUGAUGAAAGAACAGAAAAAGCAUGUUUGAGGUGUAUAAGCUGGCUACAGCUCAUUAAGAUGUAAAAAAAAAAAAGAAAAAAAAAGGCAAAGAUGGCCCGAUUGAUUCCUAUGAAUAGCUGAUCAGUUACACAAGCGAUUCAAGUGAUGAACAUGAAAAUGUUUAUAUUUAUGAUCUGUGGGUUGUGCCGUAAUUACUGAUUGCAAAAAACAUAAGGAUUUUCAUUUAUAUUCAAGUGUUACAAUAUGUCUUUAAUUUUCAAAACCACUCUAAUGCUGGAGUCUUCCUGAUUUAACAGGUGUACUUUGCAAAAUGAAGAAAGUGCCAAUCCUAUGUACUUGAUGUAGAAGUGAAUUGUUUACCUGCCGUUUCGUGUGACCUGUUUGAUGCUGGAUUCCGUUAACUCUGGUGUUUGUAACUUGUGUGCAUGGAUAAUAUUUUCACUAUGGUAAGAUGGUAACCUCUAAUAUUUUUUAAGUGUGAGCUGUUUGAUGGAGAUUUCAAUGUACUUCGUUUUGUUUUCUGCAUGAAUAUUCAACUGGUGUAUUUGUAUUUUAGAUGGACAAUUAGGGGUUCAGGGUUGGGGCUUUACUCUAGAGCACUUUUGCAACUUAUGAAAAAAUAAUAAACAAA